GUGUAUUGUUGUCUUCCUAGUAUCCAGAGUAGAAGAUAUAUGCAUGAUAUCUCGUCCAUGCAAUAUUAACACAAAACUUUCUUUGUGCUAAGAGAAACUAGCUGUGUAACAGUCUUAACUAUCUCGUAUAUACAUAUAUUUUUUUCCUUUUUUUGUGCCUGAUAACUUCAGUUUGGGAUGGACAGCUUAUCUUGACAUGCCGACCUGGGCCUUGGAAGGGAAGAUGAUAUGCAAACUGUGGAAUCGCUGGCAGAGCUAACGUCUCAUCCAUUGCCAGUACAUAUCACCCCUCAGCUUACUCUCAGAGAAAUCUCCAUAAAGCAGUCCGAGCCGAGAUGACAGGUGUUCCCGAAGAACUCACCGCCGGACUUCCGGGUCGUGCACUCCCUUCUUGCCGCCCUUCACCCAGUCAGCGUCCCCACGCGGCUCUCCGGCUUCCUGGCGGCCCCUUCUCCUUGUCCGGCUCUCCCCGCUCUCUGCUCAGCGGGUUGUGCCGGGACCAAGGGCCAAGAGCUUCCCUGGCUCCGCGAGCUCGGGGCGGGGCUGGGGAGCAUGCGCGAUCGACGACGUACGGAAGCCCGGAAGGAGGGGCGGGGAGCAGUGGCUCAGGUUUCUUCAGGCGGCGGGCGGCUGGGACGCGGCUGGCACAGGCACCAUGAACCCGCUGUAAGGCGCAGGCUGCGCGGCGCGGGGGAAGCGGAGAAGAGGAGGACGCAGCGGUGAAGUUCUUCGCCAUGAACCUGAGGGGCCUUUUCCAGGACUUCAACCCGAGUAAAUUCCUCAUCUAUGCCUGUCUGCUGCUAUUCUCUGUGCUGCUGGCCCUUCGUCUGGAUGGCAUCAUUCAGUGGAAUUACUGGGCUGUCUUUGCUCCCAUAUGGCUGUGGAAGUUAAUGGUCAUUGUCGGUGCCUCCGUUGGAACUGGAGUCUGGGCGCGAAAUCCUCAAUAUCGAGCAGAAGGAGAAACAUGUGUGGAGUUCAAGGCCAUGUUAAUUGCUGUGGGCAUCCACUUGCUCUUGUUGAUGUUCGAAGUUCUGGUGUGUGACAGGAUCGAAAGAGGAAGCCAUUUCUGGCUUCUGGUCUUCAUGCCGCUGUUCUUUGUUUCCCCGGUGUCUGUCGCAGCUUGUGUCUGGGGCUUUCGACAUGACAGGUCACUAGAGUUAGAAAUCCUGUGUUCUGUCAACAUUCUUCAGUUUAUAUUCAUUGCCUUGAGACUGGACAAGAUCAUCCACUGGCCCUGGCUUGUGGUGUGUGUCCCCCUGUGGAUCCUCAUGUCCUUCCUGUGCCUGGUGGUUCUCUAUUACAUCGUGUGGUCCGUCUUGUUCCUGCGCUCUAUGGAUGUGAUUGCGGAGCAGCGACGGACUCACAUCACCAUGGCACUGAGCUGGAUGACCAUUGUGGUGCCGCUGCUGACUUUUGAGAUUCUGCUGGUGCACAAACUGGAUGGCCACAAUGCUUUCUCUUGUAUUCCCAUCUUUGUCCCCCUGUGGCUCUCACUGAUCACGCUGAUGGCAACCACGUUUGGACAGAAGGGUGGAAACCACUGGUGGUUUGGUAUUCGCAAAGAUUUCUGCCAGUUUCUGCUUGAGAUCUUCCCAUUUCUGAGAGAAUACGGCAACAUCUCAUAUGACCUCCACCACGAGGAUAAUGACGAAACGGAAGAGACUCCUGUUCCAGAACCUCCUAAAAUCGCUCCCAUAUUUCGCAAGAAGGCCAGGGUGGUUAUCACCCAGAGCCCUGGGAAGUACGUCCUCCCGCCUCCAAAAUUAAAUAUCGAAAUGCCGGACUAGAGGGCGCUGCUGGACCAGAGCACAGGUGCCUGGGACACACACCCUCCCCGCUUCCUCUGCACCGGCUUCACCCCAGACCAGAAUGGAGCUGGGCCUCCAGGGAAACCCUCUGCUAUACCGUUUGCGCUCGGUACUGAUCAGCCACCCGCCACAGAAGGACCAGGUGGCUGGCGGUGGGAGGUGUGUGCAGAGAGAGACACCAGGGGUUGGGGCACGCAAGAGAGGGCGGAAGGAACCUGACUGCCCCAAGGCUGUUACCUGCCGUGUGCUGCCCCGUCAGCGACAGCAGCUCCACAGACCUGCAGAAGCAGCGUCUGUCAAUGGGGCAGCUUUCCCAAGUGCUAAAAUCCCAACAGAAAGUGUUGUUGGAAGAUGCGUCUCCAGGGGGCUGCGCCCUAGUCCGGCUCUGAGCUGUCUCCCGCCUGCAGCCGGCGGGGACGGGACUACAUCUGAGAGCACCUGGUGUGCAGACCGAGCACAGCCACGCAUCCCCUGUCCCCGCUCGGCAGGGGUUUCCCUCUGAGCACGGGGGGUGCAGGUUUUCAGGCCUCAUCCCUGAACCCUUCCCCAGGAGUGAGUGACUCCAUGCCUGUAUAGUAUUUAUACAAAUAUUUUAGCAUUGUAAUAUACGGUGUCAAAUCCCGGUUCUGUACAGCAUACUCUGUUAAAAGUAUUUUUUUACAAAUUUGCCCUGGAGACAGCCGUGUUCUGUGUGGAAACCCAGGUGGGUGGCAUGCCCACCUGGCCCCAGAGGAGUGAAGACCCUCAUAGAACAUGGCCAUUUGUGCCCUGGGAUCCCUUCAGCACCUUAGCGGCUUGUCCCACCAGCAUAGCCACAAGCAAGAAAUGGCAUGUGCUCCCCUAACGCACAGGGAGCACCGGCCAGCAGAAUCCUGGAAAAUGCUUCCUGAGGCUGGGACACUGGAGAAGGUGGCAGAGAGCAGAAAGCCUGGAGGAGCAGUCUGACUGCCGGCGAGGGGGGCACGGGGCACCAGGCCGGUGCCAGCCUCGUGGCCAUGGCAUGUCGGGCUCUGGCACUGCAGCUCGUAUCCAGGUCCUGCAACGUGCAGUAGCCUUUCCCCUGGAAUCAAGUAGGUCAUUUUUCAGAGGAUCUGGAGGAGCAGUGACCUUCUGAUCCCAGUGGACAAGGCAGGCUUUCCAGGGACCAGCGGCUCCGUGGCCUAAUUGGAAGGAAGUAACAUCCACCUGCUCCCUGCCCCUGCCCCUGCCUCUGCCCCUGCCCCUGCCCGGCAGUGGACUCCAGCGUCGCUGGUCUGUUUCAGGGCAAAGGGGGACAAAUGCUCCAUCACUUCCUGCUCAGUGUGUAAAACCUGUCGCUAAGCCCACUGUUUUGCCGCCUGUAGUUGUGUAAUAAACUGAUUCCUCAUUUUA